CAGGGAUUUGGUGCUUAACAACUGGCACACCAGAACUAGGACUGAUCUGGAAGGCAAUGUGAAGCUGAUUAAUUCCAAGAAAUCCUGUUAAUCCAUCAAUGCUUCAAAAAGACGUGGAAAAUACCAAUGGAACUGCUUUUGUUAGACCGUCAUGGAUCAACAACGAUGAUCUGCUAAUCCUUAACACAUCUGUUGUGGAUGGGAGAGGAGCCAUAUUUCUGGAGUUUGAAGUAAAGGCUAUAAUACAGUCCUUAUGUGGCAGCAUAAAUAACGAUGGAAGUCUGUUUUUGGGCACAAAGGGUGCGCAAGUACUCACCAAUGCUAAGAUCCCGAACACUCGAAUUAUUAUUGUUGGUAACUAUUUGGUUGCAGUGAAAUUGUUGAAUCACAAUGGUGAUGAAGCAGGAGAUGUUGCUGGUGACCUUACUUGCCAACCAAAUGAUGGCACAAUACAACCUAUGCCUAUCAACAUUUUGGAAACGGAGUAUGAUUUAUAUUGUUCAACAGUUGAAAUCCCUGGGGUGGAUUUGGUUUUGGUAUUGGCUAUGCGAGUUCAGGGACCAGAGACAUUCAAAGAUAAGAAAGAAACAGUCUUCAGGAUUUAUGCUCAGAUUAAAGGUACGUCUGCGGGGCAAGAAGGCACAUGCCUAGGGCUUGGCAUUGUGCAGUCUCUGGUACGUUUAAUGGGCGGGGAGAUAGAGAUUGUGGACAAGGAGAUAGGCGUGAAAGGAACUUGCUUCAAAUUCAACGCCUAUUUUUCUAUAUGUGAAACAGAUCAAAGGAAUCAAUCCGACGACACUGGAUCACAUGUCAGUGCUUACAUGUCUCCAUGCCAAUCUUUUUCACCACAAGGUAGUAGCUCUGAACUAACAGAAGGCUCACGAGUCAACCUCGGAUGGCAUUGAAGCAACCCGAAAAAUACGGCAUGAAGAAGCCAAAUAUGGGGUGCACAUUCCCAUAUUUGCGGUCAGUGCAUAUACUGAGGGUCCAGAGAUCAAGCUCAUGGUAGAAGCCAGGGUCGAUUAUAACCUCGCCAAGCCCUUGAACGUCCAGAAAAUCAAAGAAGCUCUCAGUAUUUUUGAAGACCAGUGAUAGUUUGUCUCUAGCUAUUUGUUUUGUCUAUAUUUGUGAUAAAUAUUUGUCUUUACAUUUCUCUCACAAGAGUGCAACUGUAUGAGCUAAUAUAAGUA